GAUGUAGGGUUUCCUGCCUGAGCAGGGGGUUGGACUAGAUGACCUCCAAGGUCCCUUCCAACUUUACUACUAUUACUAUUACUAAAUCAGAGCUUUAUAAUUAUUCUUCUCUUUUUCAGGCAGAAAAAUCCCACUUGAAGGACCAACCGACCAAGCGCGCGGCCAUGUGGCUGCUAUGGAGCCUCUCUCUGGCUGCUGCCUCUUUUCGCGUGCCUGCCACUGGGGAGGUGGUGAGGAACUUCAAAACCUGCACUCAGUUCUUUUUGAAUCAAAAACCCCCCAAAUUGUCCCUGAUGCCGAAGAAUCUGGCCACAAUCUGCCAGUACUAUCAGGGCAAGUAUCUAUUUGCCACAAUGUACGACAAAGAGCGGCACAUCCCUCUAUUCUCGGCGUAUAAAUAUCAACCAGGCGGGAGGAGAAGAAAAGAUGAGUGGAAAAUCGAACCACAGCUUGCCCUGCCUUGGGAGCGUAGGCAAAGAAGCAUGGAAGCCGAAGAGACUUGCAAAAUUAACCACAGGCUCCUUGCAAACAGCCAGGCUCUUUCCGAGGAUUACAAACAGACUUCUAUCUACGACAGGGGACACUUGUUGCCUGUGUCCCAUCAACCGGAUCGGGAGGGUAAAGCCGCAACCUUCACCUUAACCAACAUCGUGCCCCAGUUUCGCCGACUGAAUCAAGGAAAAUGGGCAGAAUACGAAAGAAAUAUGAAAAAAUAUACCAAAGGGUGUGUGAAUACCUACGUCCUUGUGGGUGCGGUGCCCGGGGAUCAAUUCAUUGCUCGUGGCAGAGUGAACAUACCUAGUCAUAUCUGGGCUGCGGCUUGUUGUGUGUCGAAACACAACCAGAAAAAAUCCUGGGCAGUCAUUGCAGCAAAUAAUCAGACUCUGGUAAUCUGGCAUAGCCUAAAGCAGCUGGAAACAGAACUUGCUGCAUGCUAUGGGAAGAAGGAAAUUAAUCUUUUCAAUGGCGCCUGUUAUUCAGGGUAAAC